AUGAACUUCGCAGUAUGUUUUGCCUUUUUAUGCUGGAUGCUGGCUAAUCAGGGAUCGGCACAGCUGCUCGACGUGAACUGUGCCGCAGUUCCUGCUCACUCUGGGGAUUUGAGUUUUAAUAGUCCGUGGAUGGCACUAGUUGUAUUGCCCAAUAAAACCUGCAGUGGCGCCCUGAUUCACAAACAAUAUGUCAUAACAUCAGCAAGCUGCAUAUUCAAACAAGGAAAAGCCAUCGUCCGCUUGGGGCAGUUAUAUAGCGACAAAGAGCAUUGUAUUAGUGACGAGUACCGCAUUGAAGAAUACCAGGUGCAAAGUUCCUAUAUUCAUAGUUUCUACAAUGAAAGUAAUAUCGAGCAUGACAUAGCUUUGCUGGAACUACAGAACGAAGUGCUCUAUAAGGCCAACAUUCGUUCAAUUUGCAUUUGGUUAAACAACACUGUUGUCGCCGCACAACAGUAUAAAAGUUUUGAUACAUCACGCUGGGUUAUAGACGAGAAGAGUACGCAGCCUCGGGUCUCGACAAGAAAAAUAAGACACUUUACCCGAUCCCGCUGCCAAAGCGCCUUAAAAGUGAAUCUACGGAGCUCGCAUAUCUGUGCCGGCUAUGAAAAAAUCAUUAAGUGCCCGGGAACCGGAAGUCCCUUGUAUAAUACGAUAGGCUAUUACAAAGGACGGUAUGCUCUGUUCGGUAUUCAGAGUUUCGGAGAUUUGAGAACGUGUUUAUACACCGAUGUCACAAGCUACAUUGACUGGAUUCUGGGAAUCAUACUUAAAGUGGAUGUGAUAGUGCCGAUUUCGAAAAAUUCCCACGCACAAGUUUCUUGA